CAAAGGGAAGAAAGAGACAUUCCAAUCCUCUCCCCUCACCUUAUCGCUAUGGCCUCUCAACGCAAUGUCGCCCGUUUGUCCCAGCGUGCUCUGCAGCCGCUGCGGACCGCCCCCGUUCGUUCCACAGUUCCCUGCCGGUUCAAUAGCACCGGCUCCUCCAAGCUGCCCGAGUGGGUAGUGGACAAUGAGUUCAACCGCGAGCGAGCCGCCGUCAAGGAGCAUGCUGCUGGCACAAGCUCCCUCUGGCGGAGACUUAGCAUCUAUGCUGUCAUUCCCUGCCUGAUUGGCGGUGGUCUCAAUGCAUACAAUCUCUGGAAUGAGCACUGGGAACACUGGGAGCAUCUCCCUCCUCUUGAGGAGCGCGUGGAAUAUCCCUACCAGAACAUCCGUGUCAAGAACUUCCCCUGGGGAGAUGGUGAAAAGACUUUCUUGUAAGCUUAUCUUCUCUUCCCACGCCAUAUAUAUGUGCAAUCAUCCCGAUAAUCCUGUUGGUUGAAACUAACUCCUUCUAGCUGGAAUGACAAGGUCAACUACCACAAGGAGGACAAGGCUACCUAAGUCUGUCCUUGAGACCCUGUAGCGGAGCUCUUCGGGAUUCGGGAGUUAGGCCAGGUCGGGAAGUCGAGAGUCAUGUAUAUUCAUCAAGAUAUUCUCGAGGAACAGUUGUCGAAAUUGAUGAGUUUAGUUCACUUUCGCGCUUUCUUAUCAUUCAUUUUAUUUCACUUGUUUCAAAUCACCUUGCAUUCGAGAAGUAGUUACAUCAAUCUGAACGGCCGAUGUAAA